GGAAGAGUUCCUUCUCGCUCACCAAGUCACCACCAAACACUUACAGCGAAAAAGCAGCGAGACAAAUGGCGGCUAUGGCUUCUCACGCUAAGACGACGACCCUCCGAUCACCGUCUCUGCCUCUCUCCUCUUCUUCCUCCGCAUUAUCCGGCACUACUAUCCGACGAACUUCCGGCGUCUCACUCUCUUCUCCGCCGAGCUUCCCCUCCCUCCGCCUCCGUGUACCUUGCCAAGCUUCCUCGGCCACUUCGCCUUCUUCUCCCCCCGAUGCCAAAGAAAAAGCAGGUCUCAAAGACUUUCUCCACAUAGAUGAUUUUGACAAAGCAGCCGUUAUAAAGAUGUUGGACAAGGCUGCAGAGGUCAAAGCACUGCUGAAAUCAGGAGAGAAGACCUAUCUCCCCUUAAAAGGGAAGACCCUGGCUAUGAUCUUUGCAAAGCCAUCCAUGAGAACUCGGGUUUCAUUUGAGACUGGCUUUUUCUUGCUUGGUGGCCAUGCAUUAUAUCUAGGACCCAAUGACAUCCAGAUGGGUAAGCGAGAGGAAACUCGGGAUGUUGCCCGUGUUUUGUCUCGCUACAAUGACAUGAUCAUGGCUCGUGUAUUUGCUCAUCAGGACAUCCUCGAUCUGGCCAAGUAUGCGAGUGUUCCAGUUGUAAAUGGUCUCACGGACUUCAACCAUCCUUGCCAAAUCAUGGCCGAUGCCCUUACAAUUAUUGAGCACAUUGGUCAACUAGAAGGGACGAAGGUUGUCUAUGUCGGGGAUGGGAACAAUAUCGUGCACUCGUGGUUAGAAUUGGCAUCUGUUGUGCCGUUCCAUUUCGUGUGUGCUUGCCCUAAAGGGUUUGAACCAGACAAAGAAACAGUUUCAAAGGCACAACAAACUGGAGUGAGUAAGAUCGAGAUCACUAACGAUGUUAAAGAAGCUGUCAAAGGAGCCGAUGUGGUAUACUCGGACGUUUGGGCCAGUAUGGGACAGAAGGAUGAAGCUGAAUACCGCCGUAGAGCAUUCCAAGGAUUCCAGGUGGACGAAGCUCUUAUGAAGUUGGCUGGUCCGAAAGCCUACUUCAUGCAUUGUUUACCCGCCGAAAGAGGAGUAGAAGUGACCGAUGCAGUCAUGGAGGCCCCUUACUCUAUCGUCUUCCCUCAGGCCGAGAACCGUAUGCAUGCCCAGAAUGCUGUAAUGCUUCACCUGCUCGGCUUUUAAACCCGAUCUCUCUCAUGCCAUUGGCUGGUGAAGGGUAGUCGUUUUAUAUUGAAUUGUUAGAUAACCGGAUUAUGUACCGAUGAAUGGAAGACAUUGAACAUUGCAGAAAUGGGCUAUGAAUAUGCAGGAACUUUCCCUUUUGUUAUAAAUA